CUAAUUGGUACCACGAAGUUAACGACUCACACGUUGCUCUGAUUUUGCAUUUGUUUUAUCUAGUACACGUCGCUUGACUUGUAUUCGGUUUAUUCGAACAGCAACUAACUACCGGUAUAUACCUUGGAUAACACUCAGGGCCUGUCGACCGAUGAGGUAUUCUGCUUUGCAUAGGACCGAUCUUGGUCCUUCGAUCCCGAUCAGGACCCUUGGAGUACUACGAGUCGACGGACGAUUAUUGGACGAUAAGAUUCUUUCACUGAUGUGCCGAAUCUGGUAUCUCAACAGUGCAACAAAUAUUUGCCUCGUGGCCUGUUAUUUUUAUAUAAGAGAUGUAGCUAGGACCCUUCUAAUCGUCUUACUUCGCUUCACAAUGCGCAAAGGCAAGGGCAAGGACAAUUCAUUGAGGAAUUCGACUCAAGACACCGAAACAACAGCUUGUGCAAGCAAACCUCUCAGGAUAUUCGACGCUGUUGUUGGAGAGAUUGCGAAUGUACAUCCAUAUGCAAAGAUGGUACUGGGCGUGUUGUCUUCUGCAGCUAAAAAUAUUCUAGCUCAAGUGGAUCGCGAUGCAGCGAUCGUCACUGGUUCUUGGGAUAUCACUGUUCGGUUGUGGGAUGCAGCGACGGGGACGCUAGUCGGUAUGCCCUUGCGAGGGCAUACUGAUUCAGUUAACUCGUUCUCGUUCUCGCCGGACAGCACUCGCAUCGACACUGGUUCUUCAUUCAAGGGAGAUCACAGUGUUCUCCCUGGAGAGGGAGAUGUAACAAUAGCGCCGUCCAACAGCCACCAUCGAAUAUAUGUUCCGUUCAUUUCAUCUCAUUUCUGUUGAAUUCUUAACUACCCUCAUCUACCUGUCAUUUUCUACGGUCGCUUGACGUCGCCAUCGGUCGAGUACUUUGCUACCUGCUCUUUAUCCCCAGUGUUUCCCCGCUCCCGUGUUUACCUGAUACUCGUUCCUUGGGCCUUUAAUAUU